AUGGAUGACUUCAAUAUCAUCGCCCUCAAGCGUUUUGUGAGUCCAUCAGCGCUGCUUGGACUCGCUGGUCUUUGGCUUGGUUACCGUGUCGCUCUCGCGCUUUACAACAUCUCUCCUUUCCACCCACUCUCCAAGUUCCCUGGACCGAAGAUUGCCGCUGCCUCGUAUGUCUAUGAGGCUUACUAUGACUGGAUCCUUCAAGGCCGCUAUGGCAGGAGGAUAGAAAAGAUGCAUGAGCAGUAUGGUCCCAUCGUGCGCGUGAGCCCUGAUGAACUUCACUGCAGCGAUCCCUACUUUGCCGACGAGAUCUACACAGGAAAGCCAGGUCGAAUCCGCGACAAAUGGCAGCACCACCUCAAGAUAGCAGGUGCUGGCCCAGCCUCACAGGCAACCGGCACAGCUGGGCCCCAUGAGUUGCAUCGCAAGCGCAGGGCUGCCCAUGCACGCUUCUUCUCACGUGGACAAGUUCUCAAGCUCGAAGAUGAAGUACUAAAAUUCGCCGAGCUCUUCAUCCAGAAAAUGCUGCGCUGGAAUGGAAAAGAAGCCUUUGAAGUCAAGGGCGCCUUCAAUUGCUACACUGCCGACGUCUUCUCGCAGUAUGCAUUUGGAGAGCCCAUGGGCUUUAUUGAGCAAGAGGGCUGGGAGCCCAACUUUGGCACCUGGACGUCAUCCUUCUUGAAAACCACUUACAUGAUGCGCCACAAUGCUUUGGCUAGGCGGCUAGCUGAUAUCCUACCCAUCUUCGCUGACUAUAUGGGGGAGGAUGUCAAGAGGAUCAUGCACCAGAUGAAUCAUGUCAUUCCAGCCUACAUCAAGACAGCCUUGGCCAACCCGGACGGCGGCCGUGUCUUUAACGAGAUUCUAAACUCCAACGUCCUACCUGAAGAGGAGAAAACCAUGUUUCGUCUUUCGGCUAACCCGGCACAGGCUAUCCUUACUGUCAUGACGUUCCAAAUGCUUCAUCAACCCAAGGUCUACGCUCGUCUUAUGAAAGACCUUGAAGGAAUUGAUCCUAACAAUCUCAAAUGGGCGCAACUCGAACAGAGACCCUACCUCUGGGCCCUUGUUCAAGAGUCUCUGCGGCACCAACCUGGCGCAGCCGGUCGAUCUGCUCGUAUCGCCCGUGAGGAAGAUCUCUUCUAUAAGAGUCAAGAUGGCAAGACACAAUUCAUGAUCCCGCGAGGCACGCCUGUGAGCAUGACAGCCAUGAUUAACCACUGGGACACGCGGCUGUUUCCCGACCCUGAUUCCUUUAACCCUGAUCGAUGGCUGCUACCCGACGGAAAGCCUGAUUACACUCUUCAGAAAUUCCUUAUCUCGUUUUCAAAGGGAUCUAGAGUUUGCGUUGGUGAAAGGUGA